AGAAAACAAAUAUGUAUCUUUGAAAUCAUACAUUUUUACUUACAUCAUGAUGAUAGAAUAAUUUGGAAUCACAAUAAUCAAGUUAAGCGCGUGUUUUCAUAAUUUAGCGACGGCAUUAAUUUGUAUUCGGAUAACAAGUAACGUAAGUAUACUAUAUUGUACACGAUUGAUUGUACAUAAGAUAGCUUGUGCAAAACAAGCAAAAAAUAGCGUAUUCCAGGAAAUAAGAUAAACGUUUGAUUCUCGUCGUAGUUAAUUUGAAGAAUCUGAAGAUAUAUAUUUUUAUAUUACAUGAAAAUGCAAAAUUUUACUACAGACAAUAAUUUAAUUGUGUACUCACUUGGUAUUAUCGGUAGACUUUAAUAACAUUUGCCUUUUUUAAAUAAAAGUUCUUUUGUUUACUUCUAGACAAUAAAAAAUACUAAUUCCUGCAUUUAUGUUAUAUUUGCACGUGUUUAAAGCAGAUCUAUAAAUAUCAAUAUAAGUGAUUGUCAAUAUCAAAAACCAUUACGGUAGCUGAAAAAUGAAAAUUAUAAAAUUUGGCCCUCGCAGAUAUGUUGCAUGUUCCUGCUAUAUUUCAUUGUAUAAAAAUUAAAUUCAUGUUUUUUACUAUCUAUCUUGAGUAUAUUUUAUAGUCGAAUACUUUGAUAAAACAAUUUAAAAACAGCGAUAAAAUCCAAAUUUUCAUUUUUGACAAUUUCACAAUUUCAGGUCCACGAGUAUACUGUCAAAAAAUAAAAAUUUUUGAAUACGUUUCUUUUAUUUUGUACUUGUUAAUCUCGAUAGAGCGAGCUAUACUUCUAUCAUAUAUAUGCACAUGGCAGAUGUAGGAAUGUAUACUUGAAAAUAUUUGUAGGAUUAUGAACCGAGAUAAAAUGAUUCAGGUAUGCUUUAUUUUGACAGAGCACACUCGGAUGGGUUUUGUAAUGGUUGGUACCUACGUUGCGCAGCGCCAUAUAAAAGAAAGCGUUCAAUGUGAAGCGGUUCAGUGCAUCGUUAGCCACGGGCCAAACAUAUUCUCGUUGGAAAAAUUAGGUCGUUACUGAUUAUUUUAAUAAGUACCCUACAUUAGAUCUAAAAUAAUGGCUUUUACAUUAGUAAAUAUCCUCCUAGGAGUAGGGUCUAUUUUGGUUUUAUUGUACUACUAUGUAAUAAGUGGUUUCGACUUUUGGAAAAAACGUCACAUCCCUGGCCCCAAGCCCUCGCUAUUAUUCGGAAAUUUUAAGGAUGUGAUUCUCGCGAAAGUUCACCAAGCAAACUAUCUUAAACAUAUUUAUAAGAGUUAUUCCAAUGAACCAGUGGUCGGAGUUUUUAUAUGGAGUAUGCCGGUGCUAGUGGUGAAAGACUUAGACCUCAUCAAGGAUAUUUUAAUCAAGAGCUUUGAUAAUUUUGCGGAUAGAGGAAUACAAAUCCAUGAAGACAUAGACCCACUGUCUAUGAAUCUUGUAUUUUUGGAGCCUAAGAAAUGGAGGCCACUAAGACAAAUGCUCACGCCAGCAUUUACUUCGAAGAAGUUGAAAGUAAUGUUUUAUUUAAUUAACGACUGUGCGGAUCACUUCAAGUAAUAUAUGCAGACACCUGUGGACUUAGACGAGCCUGUUGAGUGCCGUGAGUUAACGGCCAAGUUUACGACCGAUGUUAUCGGAGUCUGUGCAUUUGGAUUGAAUAUUAACGCUCUUUCGAACGAGGAAAGUGAAUUUCGAAGGAUGGGUCGGAAAAUGUUCGAUGUUACGUGGCACAAUAGACUGCGACACGCUUUGAGGUUGCUACCACAUUGGCUGGCACGUUUCUUGAAGCCGAUAGCUCGAGAUGAUAAGAUUAUCGAUUUUUUCGUCACGACCUUUAUGGAGACCAUGGCAGGAAGAAGAAUAAUAUCCGAAAAAAUGAUUUUGUUGAUCUUUUAAUGAACGUUAAAGACAGUCUGAAGCAAAUCGAUGAUGAAGAGAUGACCGAUUUGUUUCUGACGGCUCAAGCUUUCGUAUUCUUUGCUGCUGGAUUUGAAACGUCAUCCACUACGAUGAGUCAUGCCAUGUACGAGCUAGCCUUGAAUCAGGACAUUCAAGAUAAACUUCGCGAAGAAGUAAAUGCGACUUUUGCCGAAAAUGAUGCAAAACUGUCUUAUGAUAGCGUGCGAAGUAUGAUCUAUUUGGAUAAAGUGUUCAAGGAAUCAUUAAGAAAGUAUCCGGCGGCGUUAACGCUUUUUAGAAAAUCAAUGAACGAUCACUCUUUUCCUGGCACUGAUAUAUCUAUUCCAAGAGGCACUUGUAUGCUGAUACCGACUUAUGUGAUCCAUCAUGACCCCACGUAUUAUCCUGAUCCAGAUAAAUUCGAUCCCGAACGAUUCGACAAGGAAACUGCGAACGGUAGAUCCCGCAUGACUUUUUUGCCUUUUGGAGAUGGACCACGUAAUUGCAUUGGAGAACGUUUCGCACAAAAUCAAUCUAAAGUGGGACUCGCCAUGAUUAUUCGUAACUUUAAAUUGGAAGUCUGCGAAAGGACUUGCAAAACGUAUAUAAAGCACGAAGGAUCACCGCUACUGGCACCUUUAGAUGGACUGUAUCUGAAACUUAGAAAUAUUUGAUUCGUUCAAAUCUAAGUAUUAUAAAUUAUGCUUCGAUGAGUAUUAUUUACGAGAUAUGUUUAUUGUUAAACUUUGUGUACAUUGUACAGGUAUUCACUUUUAUGUCGAUUGCUUUUACUAUACUUACUAGUUUAACUAACCUUUUUCAUCUACCUCUUACUAUUAUGUUACAAUGCGAUGUUAUGAUUAAUUUAGUUGUUGUAAAUUAUAAACAUAUAAGUAAAGAUUUUAUACG